CUGUCCCGAGUUGCUACAGCAGAGAAGUCGCUUCUUCUGGGCGCUCGAGGCAGCUGUCCCAUGCUCUGCUGAGCAAGGUGCCAUGUCUCUGCAAGUCCUCCUUCUUCUGAUUUUGCUGGGCCCUGACAGCAGCCUCCAGCUGUGGGGGAUAGGGAAGAAUGGAACCCAGGAGGCCCCGGAUGCCCUGCUCACCCGGGGCCGGAGACAGGUGGAUGAGGACCAGGAAGAGGACUCGUAUGACUAUGUUACAGAAGGCACAGGCCCUCCAGAAACGCUUACAGAUAACCCUGGGUCUUUGGCCCUGACCCCAAAACUUCUGGCGGAGUUGGCAAUAUUGGGGCAUGGAAAUCCUGAGCCAGACACUCUGGAGGUGGCCACAGGGGAGUCGGCUAGCCUGGAUGCAGGAGGGGUGACCCUGGGGAAUCUGAGCAUGGAAGUGGCCACACAAGGCAUUCCUGUCACACUGAACCCACUGACCAAAGAACAGGCCACUACAUUACCUCUCAUCACAGAGGCCCCAUCCACAGAGGGGGCUCUGUCUACAGAGCGGGCCACUACUGAGGCCCUGUCCACAGAGCCAGCAGCCACAGAGGCACUGACCACGCAACCUGUGGACACAGAGACCCCGUCCAUGAAGUCUACUGUCGUGGAGACCCUGUCCACAGGGCCAGAAGCCACGGAUGCCCUGUCCACGGAGCCUACUGCCACAAAGACCCCGUCCAUGGAGUCUACUGUCAUGGAGAUGCUGUCCACGGGGCCAGAAGCCACAGAUGCCCUGUCCACGGAGCCUACUGCCACAGAGGCCCCAUCCGUGAAGUCUACUGUCAUGGAGACCCUGUCCACGGAGCCCACUGCCACAGAGCCCCUGUCUGCAGAUCCAGCCACCACCAUAGGGCGCCUAACCACCGUCCCUCUUGUGACCUCUGAUCCUCAAAACAGCACCACUGUGGCAGCGGGCAAUUUGUCUGCUGUCCUCACCAAACAAUGGAAAAACAGGCAGCGUCUCUCCCCACAGAGCUCCGUGGCCCCCAUCCCCACGGGGGCCCCGGACCGCAUCCCUGUGAAGCAGUGCCUACUGGCCAUCCUCAUCUUGGCCCUGGUAGCCACAACCUUUCUCGUGUGCACCGUGGUGCUGGCCGUCCGCCUGUCCCGCAAGAAUCACAUGUACCCCGUGCGCAAUUAUUCCCCCACCGAGAUGGUCUGCAUCUCAUCCCUGCUGCCUGAGGGGGGCGAGGUGCCCCCUGCCACGGCCAAUGGGGGCCUGCCCCAUGCCAAGAGCCAGGGCCAAAAGGCGGAGCCUGGGGAGGGCCGAGAUGGGGACGACCUCACCUUGCAGAGCUUCCUCCCUUAACCCCUCCGUUCGUCCACCUGAGCAGGACCCUGGCUUCCUCACUCCCUCCAGGGCCCACCGGGACACCACUGAGCACCCAGGCUCUGUUCCAUGGUCUGGGUUUCCCUGGGGCCCCCAGGGAUGGGGACCUUUAGGACAGGGUUGCCCCACAGGCCUGAAAGGGGCUGGACUCCUGUAGCCAAAGCAGGACUGGUGAGCAAGCCACUUUGGUCUCCCUCCUGCCUCCAGUGGAGGCUGGAGAGGUCCCUCCACCUCCCUGCCUCCCACCUGUCUGGGCUCCCUCUAAUGCCUCCAACCACUGAGGUCUCCUCCCCUGGCACCCAGGAAAGACCCAGAGUCUUCUGGCUGCGCUGGUCACCGUACAGGAAUGGGCAUUUGGGGGAGGGGUGCCGGGUUCCGGAGGCCUUUCGCAAUCACCCCUGCACUUGAGGACAGCUUGGCUUUUCUUGGGCGUCAACCCAGGGAGCCCAGGGUGAGAUCCUGGCCCGAGGUCUGGGGUGUACUUUGAGAGGGUUCUUUGAGGCUGUGUGGACCAACGAGCUUCCUUCGGGGGACAGAGGAACC